AAUUCCAGUUCCUCUUCUCUUGUGUUCACAUUCUGUGUCUUGACUCAAAGACUUCGGGGGACACGACAGCGGCCAGCAGACUCUCGCACUUAGGAAAUCAAGAUGAGCGACAAAAGCAAGUCGCUACUGGAGUCUUCCUCGGAGUUCAAUGUCCUCCGUCUGCGCAAAGAAUUCUGCGACGCGGUGGUCCGAGUUGAGGACGUAGCUUUUGAAAUCCACAAAGCCAUCCUGAGUAAAUGCAGCAUGUACUUCACCGCUCUCUUCAGACGCUGGCCACCUCCGGACAGGAACGUCUUCCACAUCCCCGGCGUGUCUCCUCGCGCCAUGCAGCUCAUCAUCGAGUUUGCCUACACGGGCUCCGUCGCCGUGACGGAGGAGAACGUGCAGGAGCUGCUGCUGGCGGCCGACCAGCUCAACGUGUUGGACGUGGUGCGAAGCUGCUGCGACUUCCUGGCCGGGCUGCUCAACGCGGAGAACUGCGUCGGCGUCUUUCAGUUCACCGACGUCUGCUUCUCCCGCGAGCUGCGGGACAGGGCCUUGAGCUACAUCGCCGGCCGCUUCGAGGAGGUCGUUCUCUCCGAGGAGUUCCUGCAGCUCUCCGCGUGUCAACUCGCCAUCAUCCUGGGCCGGGACGACCUCAACGUGAGGGAAGAGAGCGCGGCGUUCGAGGCCGUCCUGCGCUGGAUCGCCCACCGGCCUCAGGAGCGGGAGGGCAACAUGGCGAGGCUGUUGUCUAAGGUCCGACUGGCCAAUCUGAGCACAAACUACAUACUGUUCAACGUGAUGUCCAACAAGCUGGUUAAUAACAAGGACUGCCAGGCCGUGGUCGCAGACGCCAUCAACACCAUCUCUUUAGUCAUGAAGUACCCGAACUCUCACAUCGCCAAAACCAUUGCCCGACCCCGCCUGCCCAACGCCAUCCUGCUGGCCAUCGGCGGCUGGAGUGUCGGCGACCCGACAAACAGCGUGGAGGCGUACGACGUCCGCACCGACUGCUGGCUCGACGUGACCAACGCCAACCAGCGGCCCCGCGCCUACCACGGCUCCGCCGUCUUCCACGGCAGCGUCUACUGCGUCGGCGGCUUCGACAGGACCGAGCACUUCAACAGCGUGUGCCGGUUGGAGCUGAGCACGCUCACCUGGCACCAGGCGGCGUCCAUGAACCACCGGCGCUGCUACGUGAGCGUCAGCGUGCUGGCCGACUUCAUGUACGCCAUGGGCGGGUUCAACGGGCACGAGCGGCUCAGCACGGCGGAGCGCUACCGGCCCGACAUUAACCAGUGGAAACUGAUCGCGCCGAUGCACGAGCAGCGGAGCGACGCCAGCAGCACAACGCUGCACAACAAGGUUUACAUAUGCGGUGGCUUCAAUGGGACCGAGUGCCUGCAAACAGCUGAACGUUACGACCCAGAGACCGACCAGUGGACCAUGAUCAGCCCCAUGAGCUGCCGGCGCAGUGGAAUCGGCGUCACCACGUAUGCAGACCAGGUGUUUGCAGUCGGCGGCUUCGACGGCGCCAACCGCCUGCGCAGCACCGAGGUCUACAACCCGCUGAGCGACGCCUGGGACGAGGUGCGCCCCAUGCUGACCCCCCGCAGCAACUUCGGCAUCGAGGUGCUCGACGGCAGCCUCUUCGUGGUCGGGGGCUUCAACGGCAUGACCACCACCAACCACGUCGAGCACUACGACGCCGCCACCGGCGAGUGGACGGAGGCCUGCAGCAUGGACGUGUUCCGCAGCGCGCUGAGCUGCUGCGUGUUCUCCAGGCUGGCCAACAUGAGCGGGUACGUCGUCUCCCGGGACCGCGGCCGCGACCCGGUUGUUGAGGAAGGGUCCGAGGAGUCGGGGGACUCGGGCUGAGAGAGGCCUGUGUCGUUGUCCAAACCAGCAAGACUUACACAAAAUACUCUAAUAAAGGUCCUUGGGUGUUAAACUGCUGUCACCAA